AUGGCGAAGAACAUGGAAGGACAGAAGAGGAAGAAGGUGCUUGUAGUUGGCGCUGGUGCUGCUGGUGAGUACAUACAACACACGAGAAGAUCGAAGAGGGAAGUGACUGACGAGAUGAUAUAGGCAUGUCCUGCGCCCAUCACCUCUCCAACCACCCGGACAAAUUCGAUGUAACGAUUGUCGACGCUGUCGAUUACUGCGGAGGCCAAGCCUAUUCGAUUCCUCUGGACAAGCAAAAGACGGGGGCAUCAUGGCUGAACCAGGGAGUCCAAGGAGGCUCGUACAUCUUCCACCACACGAUGACCAUGUUUGCACGCAACGGCUUCUGGGCGGAUCCUGUGAAACUUCAAGUGUCUUUCGGAAAAGGCGAACAGUUCUGGACAAAUGUAUACCCAACCAAGCUCCUCGAGAAGCAUUCCGGAGAGGUGGUGAGGUUCUUUCGCAUGCUGAAGAUUGUCCGCAUGUUUGAGCUCUUCUUCGCGCUCUUGCCCAUCAAGUACCUGGUCAAGCUCUUCCGAUUCUCGGCGGAGUUUGCCAACGUCGUUACGCUGCCCAUGAUUGCCUUGUUCUUGGGAACAGGGAACUACACGCCAGAGGUACCCUCCAUGAUUCUGGAAAGGCUUUGCACGAGUCCGACGUAUGGGAUGUGGUAUCCUCCGGACAAGAAUAGCGUGGCAUCCAAUAUGCCGCCGAUGAUCGUGUUCCCCAACUUGAGCGAUUUCUAUGACACGUGGAGGAAGAAUCUGAUCAAGAGAGGGGUCAAUGUGAGGCUUUCGACCGAAGUCACGAGAGUUGUGAGGAGAGAUAAGAAUGGGGUUACUGUGAAGAUUAUUGGGCGUACACCCGCUGAGGAUGGCCACAAUCCCAAUUCCGCAUGGGUGCCGGACGAUGUCGAAGGCUCUAAGGCUGACCCUGAUGCCGUUGAGACUACCGAGGAGUAUGACGAGAUUGUCCUCUGCGUCCUCACCGACACCGCGAAGCGUUUGCUCAAAGAGACCAUCACACGCGUUGAAUCCCGCGUCCUUGGUUCCGCCAAAUUCGCAAACGACAUCACCGUGACCCACCAAGACAUCGACUACAUGAAACGCCACUACGAAAACUUCUACAGCAAAGACCUCGCCGUCUCCUCCAUUAACGGUCAAGACAUGCAAUCACGCAACGAGUGGGCCAAGGACAACUUCAAAGCAAUGUACCUGAUCCGAAUGUAUCCUCAGGACUUGACGAAGCUGGAAAUGUGUUUCGAUUGCACGAAUUAUCAGGCACAGUUCCCUCCUGAAGUACCGUUUGAGAAGCAUGUUUUCCAGACGAUAUUCUUGAACAAGGAUAGGGAUGGACAUUUAUGGACGAUCGAUGAGAUUGAUGAGAAGAAGAUUAUUAGGAAGGACUGGUGGCAUCAGCUCUGCCAUUCCUUCACGCACUACCUCUUUGUGAUACCCUGGCUCUGGCUCCUCCAAGGAAAACGACAUACACGCUACGCAUCUUCCUGGACACUCGUCAACGCACACGAAGUAGCCUGUAUAUCUGGUAUCACCGCUGCGGUGGACUUAGGGGCCGAGUAUCCGGCUGAUUUGGAGAGGGAUAAGUUCGCCUUCUUAGCUUUCAGGUUGUACUAUUUCUUGAUUUAUGGGAAGUGGUAUGGUCGACGAGCGACGAAGAAAUCCAAAGAGGGCGAGGGAGCGAAUUGGGCUACGGGUAAUGAGUAUGGGAGCACGUAUAAUGGGCCUGGCGUGCAGACUGGCACGAGUCGGCUGAUUUGGAGGAAGGAGGUUGAGGCGGGACGGAGCGUGGAGGGGUUCUAG